AUGGAAGCCGUCUACCAAACCCUCGUCGGCCGAGCCCUGCAAAUAUCCCAAGCCCAGCAAAGCAGCGACGCCAGUCCCCUUAAGCGGGUAAUCAUCGCUCUGAGCGGCCCGCCAGGUGCAGGCAAGUCGAGCAUUGCAGCGACCGUCAUCGCACGGCUUAACGCACUCGCAACAAAGCCCUUUGCCAUCGCCCUCCCCAUGGACGGCUUCCACUACCCCAAGAAGUACUUGGACGGGCUUGCAGAUCCCGACGAAGCACACGCACGGCGCGGGGCGCAUUGGACUUUCAACGCAUCGGGUGUGCUGCAGCUCGUCAGAGCCCUGCAUUUGAGUAAAGCGGUCCGGAGGGAGGUGAUCUAUGCGCCGCAGUUCGACCACGCUGUCGGUGGCCCGGUGGAGGGGGCGAUCGAGGUGUCACCGGAGGUUUCGUUGAUCAUUAUCGAAGGGAACUAUCUGGCAUACAAUAUGUCGCCAUGGUCUGAGAUCGGCGACUACGUGGAUGAUACGUGGUUCGUGGAUGUUGAUAUGGAGGUGGCGAGGAGGCGCAUUGCGCGGCGGCACCUGGAGAGUGGGAUUGAGAAGACAAUGGAGGAUGCGGUACGGAGGGCGGAGAGUAAUGACAUAUUAAACAAUGUUGAUAUACGCGCAAACCUGAUCAAGCCUGCCGUGGUUGUCCAUAGUGUUGAUGAGCCAUAG